AUGUACCGAAGAUAAAACAUAACAAGGAAACAAAUUGAUCAUUAUAGUUAUCUAUUAAAUGAAGAGAUUGGAAGAGGGUUUAGCAGCAAAGUUUAUAAGGGAAAAGAUGAUGUUUCCUAAGAACCAGUUGCUGUAAAGGUGAUUGAUAUGAAAAUGAUCAAAUAAUCAAUUCACUCAUAAUUAUUAAAAAAUGAAAUCAAUGCUUUACGUUCAUUCAAUAGUAAACAUAUAAUGAAAUUGCAUGAUGUCUUUUAAACUUAAAAUAACACCUAUAUCAUUACAGAAUAUUGUGACUCUGGAGAUCUCAAUAAUUAUAUUCGUAAAAGAGGAAGACUAGAUGAACAAGAAGCAACCAAAAUAUUAUAAUGUGUUGUUUCAGCCAUGGUGGAAAUGAAUAAAAAAGGUUUUAUUCACAGAGACAUUAAACCUGCUAACAUCUUAAUUGAUCAUUCAAUUCCAAAAUUAGCUGAUUUUGGUUUUGCUGUUCCUGUACAUGAGGCUAGAGUAUAAGGAAGAAACUUCAAUGUUGGAACUCCUCUCUAUAUGAGUCCAUAAGCUUUGAGAUAGUAAGGACAUACAGAAUAAGGUGAUGUAUGGGCAAUUGGAGUAGUAUUUUAUGAAAUGCUUUUUGGAAGAACACCAUUUAAUGGUCAAUCAGAAGCAGCAUUGAUUUCAAAUAUUAUGAAUCAAACACUUCAUCUACCAUCUCAUCCAUAAAUUUCUUCUGCUGCUAAAGAUUUUAUCAAAUAAUGUUUAACUGUCGAUGAUGCCAGAAGAAUGAGAGUACGUGAUAUGGCUAAUCAUUAAUUGAUUAGGUAAUAGAUCACCCCAUCUUAACCUUAAUAACAAUAAUAACCAUAACGAUAAUUAUAACAAAGAUAAGCUAUUACUCCUCCUCCAAUUGAAUAAUAAUAGCAAAGAGUUAAAAGAUCUCUUAGUUAAGGUGGAAAACAGGAAAUUAGAUAUAGAGACAAUAAAGAAAAUUAUUGUUAGUAAUAAAAUCAACAACCUCUGAAUCCACCAUAAGUUGAUAAUAAUAGAUAACCAUUAUAACCUUAAUAAUAAAAUGUCUAAAGAUCUACUAGUCAAUAAUAGGUUCAAAAACAUUAUAUAAAAUAAAAAACUUAACCUGCUGAAGACAUCAAACCUUAGGGAAUAUCUAUGGAAUGUAAGGUUAAUAAUGAUAUUUUAUUUACUCAAGUUAAUUUUUGUAGGUUUCUCUAUAAGUUUUCCUCAAGUCUACUCUAAUGUAAAGUAAUUAGCACAGAAUUAAAAGAUAAAUUGCUAUUUCUAAUGGGAAAAAAUAUAGCAAUUAAAAUUACUAAACUUAAUCUAAUAACAGAUAAGGAAAAUAAUUCACCAAAUGUUUUAUAAUUAGAAGAUUUCUCUUCUUAUAAAAAGACAGAUUCCUAUCAUAAAUUUUCUUAAGCAAUCAUUGAAUAUAAUGAAAAAUAUACAAAAUAUUUUGAUAAAUUGCUUAAACUAUGCAAUUCUAAAUCAGGUAUUUUUAUAAUUAUUAUAAAAUAAUAGAAUUGUAAAAAGAUACAACUUUUGUUUGUCUAUUAAAUUAAGAUUUUACAGAAACAGAAACAUUUUAUAGAAUAACUUAAUAAUAUAUCAAAUAAAGUUUGAGUGAAAUCAAAAAUUAUUUUAGAUCUUAAAACUUUUAAAAUAUUAAUCUCGAUUCACCAAUUACAGAUGAGGUAAAUAAUUAAAUAAUUUAGAUUCAAUUACCUGGACUUAUUUUAUAAGGACUUAGCAAUUAUUACCUUUUGCUUCAAAAAGCAAUUGAAUACUUAAAAGAUUAUAAAGGUUUUGUUAGAAGUACUCAUAUGGACUUAAUGACUGAUAAAUCUUCGUAAGCUCUUACAUAUGGGAUACUAGAAUAAUUAAUGGUUAGAUUGCUAUGA